CGUCCCCUAUAUAAAUAUUCAGUGAUGAAUUAAGGGUUAGCGUUUUCUCGGAUUAGUAGAAAUCUGACAUCCUUUUUUUCUCUCUCUAUCCGUCCAUCCGAGGAAAAAAAAGGAUUUAAUCAUGGAAGGCGAUUGUUGUUCACCGGAGAAGACGAAGUUGAAACAACAGCAGCAACAUGAUAAUAGUACUAUCAGCAACAAGAACAAGCCAUACAGAGGAAUCAGGAUGAGAAAGUGGGGAAAAUGGGUAGCCGAGAUUCGAGAACCCAACAAAAGGUCUCGUAUCUGGCUCGGUUCUUACUCUUCCCCAAUAGCCGCCGCUCGUGCUUACGACACCGCCGUCUUUUACCUUCGUGGCCCUACCGCCCGUUUAAAUUUCCCUGAAUUCAUCGCCGCCGCCGCCACCGCCGGUCAUGACGAGAUUCGGGAUAUGUCCGCCGCCUCUAUACGGAAACGGGCUACUGAAGUGGGUGCUCGGGUCGACGCCAUGGAAACCGCCCACCAAGCUGGUGUUGCUGCUGCUGCUGGUCAUCCUUCAAGCUCUUGUGAUUCGAUUAAUCGGCGGCGAGUAAAACCCGAUUUGAACGAAUACCCAGAUCCGGAAUCCUCGGAGGAAGAUGAAUCAUAAUUUGAUCAAGAAUUAAUGUAACAGUAAAAAGGUCAAGUGUUUUGAAGAUCACACGAUCCAAAGGGAUCUUGUUUGAUUGAAUUUUCAUGUAUACAUUACAUAAGAGUUAUUAUUUUAGGUUAUCAGUCUUUUUCUAUUA